AAGGUGAACGGGGUCUUGAUUCCCCGUGGCGGGGCCUGUAGUGGGCGCUCUGCCCCUUCCCCGCCUCUGCUGCAGGCCCCGCCCCUCGCCCAGAACCCCGGGGCGCUGGCCGCGGUGCUGAAACGGCGCCCUCCGCCGACGGAGGAGGGGGCGGGGCUCUCGGGAGCUGUGAGCCCGGAAGGGAGAGGGGCAGGGCGGCGCCAAGCAGGCCUGAGACCCUGGCGGGCUUGGGAGGAGGCAGGAGACUGGAGACAGCCUCGGCUGGAGCGGACACAGGCCCCUGGCAAACUUCCCUUGACCAAGCCAAGGCUGUCCUUGUCCUAUUAAGUCUCUUCCCCUUGCCUUGGAGGGACCUCAUCUGGUGCCCUGACCGCAGCCUCCUCCCGAAACCCCGCCCGGCGGUGACCUGCUUCUAGGCCUCCGUCCACAAAGCCACGGACUUGCAGCCCACGGGACCCCAGCCCAGGGCCUGCAGCCCUCACCAUGGUGAAAUUGCUGCCGGCCCAGGAGGCAGCCAAGAUCUACCAUACCAACUAUGUGCGGAACGCGCGGGCCGUGGGCGUGAUGUGGGGCACGCUCACCAUCUGCUUCUCCGUGCUGGUCAUGGCCCUCUUCAUCCAGCCCUACUGGAUCGGCGACAGCGUCAACACACCGCAAGCAGGCUACUUCGGCCUUUUCUCCUACUGCGUGGGUAACGUGCUGUCCUCCGAGCUCAUCUGCAAGGGCGGUCCCCUAGACUUCUCCUCCAUCCCCUCUAGAGCCUUCAAGACUGCUAUGUUCUUUGUGGCCUUGGGCAUGUUCCUCAUCAUUGGCUCCAUCAUCUGCUUCAGCCUGUUCUUCAUCUGCAACACAGCUACGGUCUACAAGAUCUGUGCAUGGAUGCAGCUGGCUGCUGCCACAGGCCUAAUGAUUGGCUGCCUGGUCUACCCUGACGGCUGGGACUCAAGUGAGGUGCGGCGCAUGUGUGGGGAGCAGACGGGCAAGUACACGCUGGGCCACUGCACCAUCCGCUGGGCCUUCAUGCUGGCCAUCCUCAGCAUUGGCGACGCCCUCAUCCUCUCCUUCCUGGCCUUCGUGUUGGGCUACCGGCAGGACAAGCUCCUCCCUGACGACUACAAGGCAGAUGGAACCGAGGAGGUGUGAAGCAGAAGGAGCUGAAGGGUCGGUCAUCUAUUUCUCAGACAAUGGAAAACUAGGGAAUUGAAUUCUUCAGAGUUAAGAACUUGUUCUUCCAAGUUUCCUUGUUCCUGGAUGCUCUAGGCCUGAAGCCUGAAGCCUUUUCCUGUAACACUAAAACCGGACAGUCUCCUGAGACAAGACCUCCUACUGUACUCUUUCAGGUGAAGCAGAACUGCAAUGACCCACAUCAAAGAUAUUCAGAGGCUGAGCGGUGUAAGGAGUGCUCACCUGCUGGGGACACAAGUCCUCUUUUUAGCUCCAUGCAGCACCUUCUUGAGACCUCUCCUCUGUAAAGCAAGAGGGGUAAAUGGGUCCCUCUCUCGGGGCCUUCCCUCCAGGUCUGUGUCUAAUGGCUUUUACACACACAAACACACACACACACACCCAACCAGCUCUAAGAGGGCUACUGAAGAAGAGCUGAUUGGAUGUGUGGGGGUCAUUUUAGGGUAAGGUGUAGGGGUUUUUUUGCUUCUCUGUUCUCAUAUUUUGUUUUCUUAUUCCUGCUCAGCGGGCAGUAAGGAAUGGAGAGGUCAUCAGAACCCGAAUCCUUUAACAUCCACCAGGAAGUGGUGCAGGCAGCUGAUGCACUUGUAUAAAGUCUAAUUUUGCCAUCUGGAGGGCAACGCUUGUUUUUGUACCAAAACAGGCAAAAACUAGAUCUAAAUUAAGGACAACAGGCAGAGAUUAUUUUAAAAAGUGAACUUGGAAGGAUAUAAAAUCAAAUUGAACAUCUACAUAUUAGAAACUCUCCUACCUUUAUAAGAAAUGGUGCAGCCUGUAAACAUAACUAGAUACUAAAGUAAACUUGCUUGCGUGGCGGCUCACACCUGUAAUCCCAGCACUUUGGGAGGCUGAGGCGGGUGGAUCACCUGAGGUCAGGAGUUUGAAACCAGCCUGAACAAUAUGGUGAAACCUCGUCUUAAAACAAACAAACAAACAAACAAACAACUUGCUUAAUUCCUUGGUUGAAAAAAAAUUGUUUUGAUUCAGAGUCUUGCUCUGUUGCCCAGGCUAGAGUGCGGUGGCAUGAUCUCCACUCACUGCAACCUCUGCCUCCCAGGUUCAAGCAGUUCUUCUGCCUCAGCCUCUUGAGUAACUGGGAUUACAGGUGUGCACCACCACGCCUGGCUAAUUUUUAAAUUUUUGGUAGAGAUGGGGUUUCAUCACAUUGGCCAGGCUGGUCUCAAACUCCUGACCUCAAAUGACCUGCUGGCCUUGGCCUCCCAAAGUGCUAGGAUUACACAGGAGACAUGAUACCUGGCCCAAAAUUUCUAAACACUUAACAUGUUAUCUCGAAUUUCCAGGCCUUUUAACUGGGAUAUUUCUCUUGUAUCACAAGGACUUGGUGUGGAUUAAUAUUUUUCAAGGACUUAAACGCAUAUUACACAUGUAGUUUGAAAAUUCCAACUUUUAAAAUUUUUUUGUGAUAGUGUUUCACCAUGUUGGUCAGGCUGGUCUUGAACUCCUGACCUCAGGUGAUCCACUUGCCUCAGCCUCCCAAAGUGCUGGGAUUACAGGCGUGAGCCACUGCACCCAGCCAAAACUCCACAACUUUUAUUUUAUUGGAGUCUACUUGCCCAAUCCUCCAACUUUAAUGUCUUUAGUAACAUAAAAACAAACUUCUUUUUCAGUUAGUCUCUGGUUUAUAGUCACCUUCUUUUUUUUUGGAAAAAAGAGAAAAAAAGAAAAAGAAAAACAAAAGGGAGAAAGAAAGAAAAAAAAGAAUCAAAGAGAGAAAGAAGGAGAAAGAGAAAGAGGGAGAGAGAAUGGGAAUCUUGCUUUAUGGCGCAGGCUAGAAUGCAGUCUAAAAAUGGGUAUUGAAAACCUCUUUUAUGCCAACAAUUGUGCUUAACAAUGGAGACAGGAAGGAAUAAGGGAGGAAAAUAACAAACAAGCAGCCAACCAAUAUUUCAUUUAAACCUGUGAAAUGCUAUGCAAUUACUGAGGAGUGAUUUACUUCCAAUUAUGUAGUCACUUUUAGAGUAGGUGUGAUGUGGUGCUGAUAAGAAUGUAUAUUCCGUGUAUUUGGGGUGGAGAGUUCUAUAAAUGUUUAUUAAGUUUACUUGUUCCGGAUCUGAGUUCAAGUCCUGGAUAUCCUUGUUAAUUUUCUGUCUCGUUGAUCUGUCUGAUAUUGACAAUGUGAUGUUAAAGUCUCCCACUAUUAACGGGAGUCUAAGUCUCUUUAUAAGUCAUUAAGAACUUGCCUUAUGUAUCUGGGUGCUCCUGUAUUGGGUGCAUGUAUAUUUAGGAUCGAUAGUUCUUCUUGUUGCAUCGAUCCUUUUACCAUUAUGUAAUGUCCUUCUUUGCCUCUUUUGAUCUUUGUUGCUUUAAAGUCUAUUUUAUCAGAGGCAAGAAUUGCAACUCCUGAUUUUUAUUUAUUUAUUUAUUUUUGUUUUCCAUUUGGUUGGUAAAUCUUCCUCCAUCCCUUUGAGUCUUUGUGUAUCCUUGCAUGUGAGAUGGGUCUGGAUGCAGCUUACCAAUGGGUUUUGACUUUUUAUCCAAUUUGCCUGUCUGUGUCUUUUGAUUGGGGGAUUUAGUCAAUUUAAAUUUAGGAUUAAUAAUAAUAUAUGAGUUUAAUACUGCCAUUUGAUGUUAGCUGGCUGUUUUUCCCAUUAGUUGAUGUAAAUUCUUCAUUAUGUUGAUGCUCUUUACCUUUUGGUAUAUUUUUGGAAAGGCUGAUACUGGUUGUUCCUUUCUAUGUGUAGUGCUUCUUUCAGAAGCUCUUGUAAAGCAGGCCUGGUGGUGAUGAAAUAUCUGAGUACUUGCUUGUUCACAAAAGAUUUUAUUUUUCUUUUGCUUAUGAAGCUUAGUUUGGCUGGAUAUGAAAUUCUGGGUUGAAAGUUCUUUUCUUUAAGGAUAUUGAAUAUUGGUCCCACUCUCUUCUGGCUUGUAGGGUUUCUGUUGAGAGAUCUACUGUGAGUCUGACAAGCUUCCCUUUAUCGGUAACCUGAUCUUUCUCUCUGACUGCCCUUAGCAUUUUCUCCUUCAUUUCAACCCUGGUGAAUCUGAAGAUUAUGUGCCUUGGGGUUGCUCUUCUUGAGGAAUAUCUUUGUGGUAUUCUCUGUAUUACCUGGAGUUGAAUAUUGUCCUGCCUUGCUAGGUUGGGAAAGUUUUCCUGAAUAAUAUCCUGAAGAGUAUUUUCCAGCUUGGAUUCAUUCUCUUUGUCACAUUCAGGUACACCUAUCAAACGUAGAUUAGGUCUUUUCACAUAGUCCCAUAUUUCUUGGAGACUUUGCUCAUUCCUUUUUAUCCUUUUUUCUCUAAUCUUGUCUUCUCGUUUUAUCUCAUUGAGUUGGUCUUUGACCUCUGAUAUCCUUUCUUCUGCUUGGUCAAUUCGACUGUUAAAACUGAAUACUUCACAAAGUUCUCGUGUUGUGUUUUUCAGCUCCAUUAAUUCACUUAUAUUCCUCUCUACAUUAUCUAUUCUCAUUAGCAUUUUGUCAAACCUUUUUUCAACGUUCUUAGUUUCUUUGCAUUGGGUUAGAACAUGUUCUUUUAGCUCACAGAAGUUUCUUAUUAUCCAUUUUCUCAAGCCUGAUUCCGACAGUUCAUCACACUCAUUCUCCAUCAGGCCUUGUUCCCUUGCUGAUGAGGAGCUAUGAUCCCCUGAAGGAGGAGAGGUAUUCUGAUUUCGGAUAUUUUCAGCCUUUUUUUUUUUUUUUGAGACGGAGUUUCGCUGUUGUUACCCAGACUGGAGCGCAAUGGCACGAUCUCGGCUCACCACAACCUCCGCCUUCUGGGUUCAAGCAAUUCUCCUGCCUCAGCCUCCCUAGUAGCUGGGACUACAGGUGCGCAUCACCAUGCCCAGCUAAUUUUUGUAUUUUUAGUAGAGACAGGGUUUCACCUUGUUGACCAGGAUGGUCUGGAUUUCUUGACCUCGUGAUCCACCCACGUUGGCCUCCAAAGUGCUGGGAUUAUAGGCGUAAGCCACUGCGCCCGGCCUAUUUUCAGCCUUUUUGCACUGGUUUCUUCCCAUCUUUGUGGAUUUAUCCACCUGUCGUCUUUGUAAUUGCUGACUUUCAGAUUGGGUCUCUGAGUGGACGUCCAGCUUGUUGGUGGAAAUGUUGUUUCUUUUUUUCCUUUGGUGGACGCCCCUCCCCCACAGAGCUGGACCUUUUUGGGUUCAGCUGUGCUUGCUGUGAAACUCUGAACCGUCAGCGUUUCCAAUUGCUGUUUUUUUGUGGGGUAAGGGACCAGCCGAACCCGAUCACCUCGGUCCCCGCCUCGGAGCCCCCUUUUUUUCUUUUCCUAAUCGAACAGUCGAUUCUCUCUCAGGUGCCCUAGUCGCCCGCUGAAAAGGCACUGGGAUCUAUGUAAUUUCCCGUGCAGCGACCGUGCUGGCUAAAACAGUGGCGCUGACAUUUGUGGUGGCACUUUUCUGCCCGGCAAUCUCCUGGUCUGGCUCCCGGCUUCAGUACCCCUCUCAAUCGGCUGAAUGGGUGACUCUGCCUUCUUGGAGCUCCAAAUGUCAACUAAAAGGGUACCCAGUCCUGCAUACUCUACACUGAGAACCACCGCGCCGGGAUGCUGGCAAAUCAGCUGUGCUGGCCAAGAGUCACGCUGGUGACCCAUGGGGCUCCUCUGUUGGGAAUCUCCCGGUCUGUAGGCAACAAAAAUUUGUCUGGAAGUCUGGUGUCCACUCACUCCCUGCGCCUUCACUGGGAGCUGCAACCCUGAGCUGCUGCUAGACGGCCAUCUUGGAUCUCUGUCUCCUAUAGUCACCUUUUUUUGAGAUGGAGUCUUACUCUGUUGUCCAGGCUGGAGUGAAAUGGUGUGAUCUCAGCUCACUGCAACCUCCCUGUCCCAGGUUCAAGCAGUUCUCCUGCCUCAGCCUCCCAAGUAGUUGGGAUUACAGGCAUCCACCACCAUGCCCGGCUAAUUUUUGUAUUUUCAGUAGAGAUGGGGUUUUGGCAUGUUGGUCAGAUUGGUCUCAAACUCUUGACCUCAGGUGAUUCGCCCACCUCAGCCUCCCAAAGUGCUGGGAUUACAGGCAUGAGCCACUGCGCCCAGCCUAUAAUCGCCUUUCUAUAUUAAUAGUCUGAAGAUAUUUUAAAGAGCUUUAUGCUAUCAAUGAUUUCCUAACUCCCAAGGCACUAUUCAAGUUUCUUUGGUGCCUUAAGGCCUUAUUAAAAAAAAAAUUUGUAGAGAUGGGAGUCUCAUGCUGCUGUUGCCCAGGCUGGAAUGCAGUGCCAUGAUCAUAGCUCACUGCAGCCUUAAUCCUGGGCUCAAGCAGUCCUCCUGCCUCCGCCUGAGUGGUUGGGACUACAGGUGUCAGCCAACACACCAGGCUAAUUUUUAAAUUUUUAUAGACACAUUAUGUUGCCCAGGCUGACCUUGAAGCCCUAGGCUCAAGUGUUCCUCCUGUGCUGGCCUCCCGAAGUGUGAUUACAGGUGUGAGCCACUGCACCCAGGCAUAAGGCCUUAUUUUAAAGCAAAUACAAGUUCAGAUUCUAUUAUCAGCAAAUCACCAAUUUUCUGUGAUAUAAUAAAUCUAAGGGCAAAGCGGUUUCUUAUAAGGCUAAAUAGAAAUGCUACAGUUUCAAAGGAAAAGAAUUUGCAGUAAGGAAGUCCACUUAUAAGGUGGAACAGCUCUGUAGCAGCUAAAGUUUCCCUGUGGACACGUAGAGCCCAGCCAACUCAAAAUUAGCUGGGGCUGUAAACCCAUCUGCUUGUUGGCUCUUUUGAGAUAGCUACAAGCUGUCCUGCAACAGCACUAAGGUUUCCUCAAACUCUGGGAAUUGUAGGUUCAUACAUUUAACACCAGGUGUAGGAGGCCUGCCUAGGUUGGUCAGUCUGGUGAACAUACUGGUUUAAUGAAUCCCAGUAAGUUACAUUUUAACAUUAUGAAAACACUAAAUGUGUUCUAAGUAUUGCACAAUUAAAACAAAUUAGAACAAUUUACGUAGUUCAGGUGUAGGUGGGGAAGGAUGAUGAAUAGAAUAACACUAAAAACUACCACAAAAAUGAAAAUUUAAAAACUAGACAAAUGUAUAAAGCAAAAAGGAAUAAAUUAUUUCUAGUAAGUCCUGACCAAGCCAUCAAAUAAGGAAGCACUCCAACAGAAAGCCAGACAAUUUACAAAUAAUCAAAAAAAUGCAAAUACCUAUGAAAACAAGUUUAUGACCUCACUAGUAAUCCAAUAAGCAAAUUAUAACAAUCUUCCUGUGGGGGGGGGCAGGGCACAAACUAGCAAUUCAUAAUGGAAGAGGCCUGUUCAUACUCUGUACAUACAGAAAAAUAGUCCAAUCAUUCUGCUAGCUGUCCAGAUAAGUUAGGCAAUAUUUACUAAAAGCCUCAAAAAUGUGCUCUCUGGCCCAGUUCAACAAUCUAUCCAAGAAAUGACGAGAUAAGCCUGUGUGAUACAUCAUGCCACUGCCUUAGUAAGAGCUUAUAUCUCUAAAGUCUUCUGAAUUUUGCACAUACUGUGCAUUUAUAAUUUGAGAAAAACAACAACCUCCAACAAAAUCUGAAAAAAGUACUAUUGGAUGUAGGGAGAAACAAUUUUCAAAAAAAAGUCUGAAAAAUAGUAAUCCACAAAUGUUAAUUUGGCUCUGUUAAUUCUAUUCCAUCCCCAAUUUAAAGCUAGAAGCAAAACUAUGAACCCCACAAAAUGGCAAGGGCAACUGCUAAGGGCAGACCAACUUGGGCAACAAAUGAACAGAGAUCUUUUGGAAACAUGUAGGUUAUUAAAUAAUUUAUUGUACUGCAUUUACAAAGAAAACAGACAAUGCACUCAGUAGAAAGAAUAAAAAUGUAUUCAGGGCUUUAUUUUUAACUGACAGCAAAUAGAAAUCCUUUAGUGAGAUCAUGGCAAUCUGACAGUAUUAUAAUUAAGCUCAAUAACGGUACAUGGGGUACUUGGAAGAUCAAGUUCUACAGCUGCCUAUUUCCACAUCUUUCAAUCUAUCUGGCUCCUUAAACAAUA